UUGGAUCAGCAGAACUCAGAGGUUCCCAGUGGUCCAUCUGCCCAGCAGCAUCACACCCAGCUGGACUCCAUAUUCAUGCUGCUGGAGGAAAACAUUGUUAGUUUUGUGAAGAACGAGCUGAAGAAGAUCCAGAAGGUUCUGAGUCAAGAUGAACGAGAAUGCUUAGAGAAUCAGUGGGAGAAUGAGGAGGUAUUGGAAGUAGAGGAUGAAGAGCAGAGGAACAGAGAGGCUUUGAUGGAGAUCACCCUGAACUACCUGAGGAGUAUGAAGCAGGGGGAGCUGGCUGAACGUCUGCACAUUAAGCAUUUUUCUUCAGUUGGUCAACGUAAACUUAAAUCCAGUCUGAAGAAGAGGUUCCAGUCUGUGUUUGAGGGAAUCGCUAAGGCAGGGAGUCCAACCCUUCUGAACCAGAUCUACACAGAGCUUUACAUCACAGAGGGAGGGACUGGGGGGAUCAGAGAUGGACAUGAGGUUAGACAGAUUGAAACAGCAUCCAGGAAAACACACAGACCAGAAACAACAAUCAGACAAGAAGACAUCUUUAAAGUUUCCCCUGGAAGAGAUCAACCAAUCAGAACAGUGAUGACAAAGGGAGUGGCUGGCAUUGGGAAAACAGUCUUAACACAGAAGUUCACUCUGGACUGGGCUGAAGGCAAAGCCCACCAGAACAUCCAGUUUAUAUUUCCAUUCACCUUCAGAGAGCUCAAUGUGCUGAAAGAGAAAAAGUGCAGCUUGGUUGAACUUGUUCAUCACUUCUUUACUGAAACCAAAGAAAUCUGCAGCUUUGAUCACUUCCAGGUUCUGUUCAUCUUUGAUGGUCUGGAUGAGAGUCGACUUCCUCUGGACUUCAAGAACAAGGAGAUCCUGACUGAUGUUACAGAGUCUACCUCAGUGGAUGUUCUGCUGACAAACCUCAUCAGGGGGAAACUGCUUCCCUCUGCUCUCCUCUGGAUAACCACACGACCUGCAGCAGCCAGUCAGAUCCCUCCUGAGUGUGUUGGCAUGGUGACAGAGGUCAGAGGGUUCAAUGACCCACAGAAGGAGGAGUACUUCAGGAAGAGAUUCAGAGAUGAGGAGCAGGCCAGCAGGAUCAUCUCCCACAUCAAUAGAUCUAGAAGCAUCCAGAUAAUGUGCCACGUUCCAGUCUUCUGCUGGAUCACUGCUACGGUUCUGGAGGCUGUGUUGGAGACCAGAGAGGAAGGAGAGCUGCCCAGCACCCUGACUGAGAUGUACAUCCACUUCCUGGUGGUUCAGACCAAAGUGAAGAAGGUCAAGUAUGGUGGAGGAGCUGAGACAGAUCCUCACUGGAGUCCAGAGAGCAGGAAGAUGAUUAAGUCUCUGGGAAAACUGGCUUUUGAUCAACUGCAGAAAGGAAACCUGAUCUUCUAUGAAUCAGACCUGACAGAGUGUGGCAUUGAUAUCACAGCAGCCUCAGUUUACUCAGGAGUGUUCACACAGAUCUUUAAAGAGGAGAGAGGGCUGUACCAGAACCAGAACAAGGUGUUCUGCUUUGUCCAUCUGAGUGUCCAGGAGUUUCUGGCUGCUCUUCAUGUCCAUCUGACAUUCAUCACUCAUGGAAUCAACCUGAUGGAGGAACAACAAAGGAUUUCUGUUUGGUCUAGAUUAUUUUAUAACCCAAAUCUAACAUAUCUUCAUCAGAGUGCUGUGGACAAGGCCUUACAGAGUCCAAAUGGACACCUGGACUUGUUCCUCCGCUUCCUCCUAGGUCUUUCUCUACAGACCAAUCAGAGACUCCUACAAGGUCUGAUGACAAAGACGGGGGGUAGCUCAAUGAGCAAUCAGAAGACAGUUCAGUACAUCAAGGAGAAGAUCAAUGAGAAUCUGUCUGCAGAGGAAAGCAUCAUCCUGUUUCACUGCCUGAAUGAACUAAAUGAUCGUUCUCUGGUCCAGGAGAUCCAACAGGCUCUGAGAUCAGGAAGUCUCUCCACAGAUAAACUGUCUCCUGCUCAGUGGUCAGCUCUGGCCUUCAUCUUAGUGACAUCAGGAGAAGAUCUGGAUGUGUUUGAUCUGAAGAAAUACUCUGCUUCAGAGGAGGCUCUUCUCAGGCUGCUGCCAGUGGUCAAAGCUUCAAACAAAGCAUUACUGAAUGACUGUAACCUCUCAGAAAGAAGCUGUGAAGUUCUGGCCUCAGUUCUCAGCUCCCAGUCCUCUAAUCUGAGAGAGAUGGACAUGAGCAACAACAAGCUGCAGGAUUCUGGAGUGAAGCUGCUGUUUUCUGGACUGAAGAGUCCAAACUGCAAACUGGAAAAUCUCAGACUUGGUGGCUGUAAACUUUCUGAGGCUGAAUGUGAAGUUGUGGCCUCAGCUCUGAAGUCCAACCUUCAUCUGACUGACGUAGAAAUAGAGACAAUCUAUGGGGGUGGAGUUCUCAAAUCCUUUGGAGACUCUGGAAUGAAGCAUCUUUGUGAGAUACUGGAGAGUUCAAUCUGCAAAGUGAAGAAACUGAGAUUGUGGGACUGCAGAUUGUCAGCGACCAGUUGGGCUUGUCUUGUCUCAGCUCUGAAGUCUAAUCCAAUCCAUCUGACAGAACUCUGCCUGAGAUGGACAAACCUGGACCCUGGAAUGAAGGAGCUCAGUGGGUUUCUCCAGUCUCCCCUCUGCAAACUACGGACAUUGAGGUUGAUUCACUGCAGUUUGUCAGAGAUCAGUUGGGCGUCUCUGGUCUCAGCUCUGAAGUCUAAUCCAUCCCAUCUGACAGAACUGAACCUGAGCUUCAACAACCUAGACCCUGGAAUGAAGGAGCUCAGUGGGUUUCUCCAGUCUCCCCUCUGCAAACUACAGACACUGAGAUUGUUUAACUGUGGUUUGUCAAAGAUCAGCUGUGCUUCUCUGGUCUCAGCUCUAAAUUCAAACCCCUCACAUCUGGAACACCUGGACCUGAGGGGCAACAACCUGAAGGAGUCAGAUGUUCAGCAGUUGCAGGAUCUUGUAAAGAGUCAAGACCACAAACUGAAGACUCUGGAGUGGAGAUGAUGAUCUUAGUAGAGGAGAGAAGCUGAUCUGUGUCCUGAUGAUUCACAGAGGUUGGAGCUGCAGCGGUUUGAGUUUAAAGAGACCCUGACUGGAUCCUGAUGAUGAGCUCUGAAUUUUAAGAUUUUCUUCUCUUUAUUUAUGUCAUGAUCUGGCCUGCUUGCUCAUGCAUAAUUGGAUAUUUCUUUCACCUGCCGUUUUCCCUCCCUGCCUCAAUUAUAAUUUAUUCCUCUCACCUGUUGCUUUUGGUUUAUAUUCUGUUCAGCAUUAGCAUUCAGUCCAGAUUAUUAUCCGUUUUCAGUUAGGUCCAUCUGUCCCAGUUUUAUGACAAUUUGUUCCUGUCUUUCAUUUAUUGUCUGAUAUUGUUGGAACAAUGAAGAUUCAAUUUAAACUCAGCUCAAUUUCCUGGCUCCAUGGAGGUUUGAUCUGAAUCUGAUCAAACUGUACAGUUGGGCAGGGUGACCAGUUUAGCUGUGAGUCUGUUCAGGACUAUUGUGUUAAAGACAGCUGUAAUCCACUAACAGCAUCCAGACAUAGCUCUGCUGGUGCUCCAGGAGGUUCAGUGCAGAGUGGAAAGCUACAAUAUGGCAUCCUCAGUGGAUCUGUUCACCUGCUAUGGGAACCGGUGGGGGUCCAGAUCUGGAGGGAGAUAGUCCUCGAUGUGCUGAAGAGCCAGUCUCUCAAAGCACUUCAUGAUUAGCAGAGUGAGGGCCACCAGGCAGUAAUCUUUCAGGCUGCUGAUGGGAGACAUUUUCAGCAGCGGGAUUAUUGUGGAUGUUUUCUAGCAGGAUGGGAUGACUGCCUGGACCAGGCAGAGGUUUGAGAUACUGCUGAUCAAAUCAUGUCUAUGUAUGAGGAUGUCAUUGGUAUUUUUUAG